AUCGUAGCUUCUUGGCUGGAGGGGCAAAAACAAACCUCCAUUCUACAACCUUCUCAGGCUCUUCCACCACGUCACAAUGACAAAUGCACGUUCUGACAAAUUCACCAGGAGAUUCUCAUAUGCCAGGUUGAUUCGAAGAAUGGUAUAAAAGCUUAGAGAUGUAGCAAGAAAUCUCGACGAAACCAAUCAUACUUUGUGCCUUUCUCGUAAAUCCAAAUGAACAGCCCCACCAUCGGAGUCUUCCCGGCUGCAGGAGGUAUUGGCGGGGGCACGGUCAAGCAUCUCCUGCCACGUUUUCCGUCCAAGCAGCUUGUGUUUAUCGCUCGGAGUCCCGAAAAACUCAGGAACCUGCCCAUAGACCAAGCUGUUCUCCGGCGGGCUGACUACGACGACAACGAGAGCCUGAAAGUUGCCUUCGAGGGGUUGAACAUACUCUUCCUAAUCUCCUAUGCCUCCGUGGAGCAUGAAUAUCGAACCGAGAGACACCGCACUGCCAUCGACCAUGCGAUUCGCAGUGGUGUGACACAUAUCUUUUACGGGUCGCUAGGCUAUGGUGGAAACCCAGAAGGCGACGAGUCGGUGGCACACGUUAUGCAGGCGCACCUGGACACCGAGAGGUACCUCCAGGAAUGUACGCGGCAGCAUGUGGGUUUCUCCUACACGAGCAUCCGCGAAGGUCUCUACUCCGAGUCGUACCCGCUCUAUACCGCUUUCUUUGAUCCGAAGCAGCCUGUCGACGAGAUAAAGAUACCGCACGAUGGUGCAGGCCCGGGGAUCGCAUGGGUGAAGCGUGAAGAGCUCGGGGAAGGAACCGCAGAGCUCAUCAAGCGAUUCGUGCAGGACCCGGACGGGUUUCCCUAUCGCAAUCGCAAAGUGCUCUUGUCCGGCCCGCGAACCCUGACCCUCGGGGAGACGGUGUCCAUUCUGGCCAAGCUCGCCAAACAUACUGUGCGCAUCCGCCAUGUCUCCGUGGACGAAUUUGCCAGACAACCUUCGGUUUCUUCCAACUUCAUCUACCAUGGCGUGGACCAUUCCGCGUUGUGGACCACCACCUUUGAGGCCUUUCGCCGAGGAGAAGGCGCUUUCGUGUCCACAUUGUUAAGAGAGCUCCUGGGACGCGAGCCGGAGGACUUCGAGACAACCGUGUCCCGAGCUCAACCGUACAAUUGAGGAAAUGGCUUGUGGGGACUGGGAAGACUGAGAUCCCCUUGAUCGUCUGUAUUGUUUCUUGAAAACAAGAAAUUCUAUAGGAUUCGCAUAGACUUUUUAUGAAUUUCUGCCACCGUAACAUAAUUAAUACCUUACCUAGUAUAGAUCCCACUGGUCAGUCAGAAGAACAAGCAGAAGGUAGAGAAUUGC